CAUCUUGAAACAAUAAAACCGAGGCUUUAUAAAAUGGGAUAGUAUAUAGGAGUACUUCUCUUCUCCCCAGACACGGCCCGACUCGAAUCUAACUUUGGGUACGGCAUUCGUUUUACUCUUCACCUAGACAGACAGACACCGUCUUGAACAAUCGUUGGCUCCCAACUUCUCUUUGCAGCCUAUAUUGAAAAAUCAUUCGCUGGUUGCGGCUAUUUCCGUUCGUACCAGUUAAUCUUUCUUUGCGUUAUGGAUUCCAUGAAGCUUCUAAAAGAUUACCCCUCUGUUACAAUUGAUAAUGUCAUGAAGCUUCUAAAAGCUUACCCCAAUGCCUCACGACAAGAUGUGGUGAACCGUGUCCUCGCUAGUGGCCCAAGUAUGGCAAGAUCUUAUGUCAAUACUGACAUUCUCGGGAUGUUAGAUUAUUCUCUUAGUCGUAUCAGUAACUCGCGAGUAAACGAAAUGGUAAAAGGAAGAAAACAUGUUGAAGCUGGCCCUUUACUUAAUGUGCAUUCAAUACAUGUACAACCAAAAAAAGGACUCAAAAAGCGACAACUCGCUGUAUAUGGUACGAUUCGGGUUAGCUAUGAAAACAUCAGGAGUGGAGAACGAAUGGAGCUUGACAUUUACAACCGAAGUGCCAAGGAUGCUGACAACAUUAGCUCAAGUGGUGGUAAUUUAACUAUUGGGGUGCCUGAAUCUCUUCUUAAUUAUGAUGAUUUAUGGAUGAAAUUGAGCGGAACAACUAUAGAAGUGGAUCUCUAUCUCAAAAUUGGAGGUAAAGUUUUUCCGUUUGCUAAAGAGGAUAUUCUGGUGGGUGAUACAACUGAAGGUGAUAUGGAAGAAGUAAGAUCAAAACAAUUCCACCAUGAAGUGUGCUCUGCCACCUUGGUUUAUAUUGCUAUGCCAUUUGCUGUUCUUUGCCAAGUGUCUGUUCGGCCAUCUAGCAAAGACAUGGGCGGAGUUGUUAAUAUUGCUGGAAAAAUAGUUGCACGAUAUAAGAACACUUGUGGAAACUAUACUUCAGAACCGUGCAUUCUUUUUGAGAAGCAGAAUGAGUUUGAACCAGUAAAGAUGAAUCGCAAACUUGGUAUGUCGAGAGCAUGGCUGGGGUUGCCAGCAUAUUCGUCACUUGAACUUGAUCUAGACUUGAGGGACAUCGACACAAACAAAAAACUUACUCGUAGAGUAGAGUUGUUGGGUGAGAAUGGUAUGCAUGCAGGUGAAUAUGCAGUGGCUGUGGAUGAUUUUGCCAUUGUUGUGGAUGCAGCAUUGUUUACGUUCCCUUUGGCUGGGCACAGUGGGUGGAGUGAUUCUAACAAUCAUAAGAAACUCUGUUCUCUGGUGGAGUUUAUGUUGGAAUCGUCAUCAUUGAACAAUGGCAACCUCUGGUCUCAUGAUCAAGGCGGAGAAAGUAUACUGAAACCAUCAAAAUUAGUAGAAUUCUACUCAAUUUUUAUCGGCCGUAAAAAAAUGGCGGCAUUGAACAUUUUUGGCACUGUUGAAGUAUCUAUCAAUAAUAAUUAUACCCACUACUUAUUCAAGAGUAAUAGUAAUGAUGGUGCGGAUAUAGAAGAUUCACAGAAAGUUUUACCAUUGAACGUUACAUGUGUGAGUUUUGAUGAUUAUGGCAUGCUCGAAUUGAAGGUCAAUCUGGAAGAUGUUUGUGGGAAAUUUCAGAAUAGAGGUUUUGCUACUUAUGAGCUUGGAUUUGGAAACCAUGAUUUAUGGUAUAACACCCAUAUAUGUUCUGUUUUCCCGGGCAGAGAUGGGUUUUGUGCGUUGCAUUACUCCUUGUUCCCAAGAGCUUGUCUAGCAAACAUUGAGAUCAUUUUGAAGUGUAAGAGUUUUCGUUCCGGACUUGAGAUGAUCUAUGGAACUGCAAUUGCGCAUUAUAGCAACUUUGACUACUCAACUAAGUUCAAGAAAGACUAUUUUAGGAGCGUGCUUUUCAAAAGGGCUGAGAAGGAUCCAGUACCAUUAGAGAAUGAUGGGAAAGUGCCACUUUCUCGAAGUGUUGUUGCGGUGCCAAUGGAUUCGUCACUCAUUAUUGAAGUCGAUUUUUGUGGCAUGUCUAUGAAAGAUUUUCAAUCAUGCACAGGAACGUUCGAGAUUGGACAUCGCACCUUUAAAACAGAGACAAAUGAUUAUGAAGUUGAGAUGAAGUUGACUUGGAGUGAAGGAUUGCGCUAUGGGUUGGGUGGACUGGUCAAAGACAUGGGUUGCAGGAUGGAUGGAGUGAAUCAGAAGAAGACAGGCGUCAAGCGUAAAUAACCUGAUCAGCGCAACGGAGUGAGGGAUUUAGAUGAAGCCGAGGCGUGCGACUAUGCUUUCGGAUCAAUGCCUACUGAUGUCGCCAUUCUGAGCCACCCUACUUCGAUACCCUUCUAACUUUGCUGCUCUAAUCGAUUCGAAGUAUAAAAACCAAAACCUUUGCAGGGUGGCAUUUAUGGAUGGGCUGCAAUAGCAAUUGCAGUUAGAGACCUUUUGCAUGGUGGUAUUUAUGGAUGGGUUGCAAUCGCAAUAUGACCUUUGCAUAAAAGGCCUAAUUUGUGUAUUUAUUAAAUUAUGACAUUGUGCGACAACCAGACCAGAUAUUUACAUAAUGUGUUUAUUGUGCAUUGUCCUCUCUUAUCCAAACAUAUGCUAUUCUGUGUAUCCACUAUUAACUCCUAAACUAGUUUGAAGUUCUUCAAUCCAGUUUACUUCGCGUAACAAAUUUUGGAUAUCAUC